CAGAAUCAUCGCUAUCAUCGCUGUCACAAUUCACUAAAUGGGGAUAGUCUGCUUUUAAAGGUUCAAACAAGUAUCCAGUUGCUGAAUCAGACAAUCUUUCAUCGUCCAUAUUAUCAAUCUCUCAGCAUUUGUUUGCGAGCGCUCGACGUUGUUUACAUUGGUAUCUGAACACAUCCGCUGCGGCUGGCUGUCGAUCUAUCAACGAUCUGACGUCACACCACCCGCGACAUAUUCAAGCUCCAGUGCACUGUCGCAUGUCGGAGUUGAGGACUUUGAACAGCCUAAACUACGUAUUGUUAUUGAAUACUGGACCGUCAGUGCAUGAAUAACCUUUAGAAACACACUAUCUUUUGAUCUGACUACAUAUUGUUUUGCACUACAGGUACCCUUUAAGUGUCUGCUGAUGACGGCCUCCGUCCGGCUAAUUACUGGCCAUUAAAGGACUUCAGAGGCACCGUGAGGGCGAGGAGAGAAGCCAUCCUUUACGAAUACAUAGAAGCAUACUCGAUUGCUUCCUCAAUCAAUGUUCGUCCUGUGGUCGGUCCCGGCUGCUGAUUGGAGCGUGGUUAUUGACUAGGCCGUUGUUUGCUUUGUCGUACUAAACCAAUGCUCGGAGCUCCACGAAGGACAGACCCGAGUGGGAGUGAGAAACAACAACUUGUAGCGGGGGAAAUAGUGCAUUGUCGUGUAGUUGUUGCAUCGGGUUUACGUAGGUAUGUUUUGUGCUUCGUGCUCUAACGAAGGGCGUCGACUCAACGCCAAGACGCAGCCGCAGGGAACAAAGCGCUCGACAAGAGCUUUGCCUUUACUCGUAUUGAUUUGUUGUCAAUCUUGGAGAAGCAGAGAGAUUUUUCUGUCCGUCUCUCGUGUGCUUUUACAGCAACAAUAUCAGUCAGAUCAAUAUACAGUUAAUACAUAUUAUCGUUAAUAACUCAUCAGGAUAUAUUCAUUAGGCAGGAUGUUAUUUGUAUUGAACAGCCGAUUACACAGGAUUUCUUUACUAGAGAUCAAUUUGGAUUUGUACUUAUUUGUUAUUACUCUAUUAAUAAUGCAACAUUAUGAUUGAGAGGACAGCGGCACAUUUUCUGACCUUUCUGAUUCCUCCUCCUCAGCAGUUUAAUUCUCCUUUUUGAUCAUUUGUCUUUCAUUCGAUACUCUCCUCUCAUCCCGGUUUUGCAUAAUAUCAAUUAAACUAUUUAUUUACAGAUAAUAAUACAACAAACAGCUAAAUGUUUUGUUACGUGAAUCGAUUAUGAACCUUUUUGGAUUCUCAGUGGUGGAAAACAUUCCUCUCCAUGUAAUCGUCAUGCUACUUUACUCCACUUUAUGUUUGCUUCUUAGACACAUGCAGCUCUGCUCUUGUUUUCUCUCUCUUUAAUAUUUCAUGCCUAUAUUUAUAUCUUUUCUGGAUGUGCCCUAGCACGUCCCGACUGAAGAAACAAUAUAUUCUGUCCUUUAAAAAAAUAAAAAAACAGGUUGUGAAUUCAGCUUCGGAUGGAAAAUCUGAACUUUUGUUCGAAAUAAAAAAAUGUCGCCAUCGAUAUUCCAACAAGUUCUCCAUAAUUCUGAAACGGGAACCACAGCAACAGGUGCCGUGUUAACACGGUGACUUUCAGCCAAAUGCGUUUGUGGUAACUUACAUGAAUGGUUGGCGUAGACAAGAAACACAGAUGAGUAUGUAAUUAUGACUGAUUGGAGGCUUUUAAAAACGCCGCCCACAUGUUCUGUUGUUGCUUUCCGCAGCUGCCGUCUCCACGAGCAGCCACGGGCUCAUUGGGCUGAGAGGCAAUACCGUAGUCACUCGUUAAACCAAAACACCGCCGCCGUCUAUGACCGCCGGCGAUUACACGUGUUGUCUAACAGCGGCCUGUGAACAGGGCGGGUGUUAGUCAGGCCCGUGUUGCAGCUCCAUGAACACAACGCUCCCCGGUCGAUGUCACGGUAUCUGAUGUUCUCUUGCACGAGCGCAGAUGGUGUAACGUUGCACGCCAGGUGUGUAUGUAUCUGACCACUAAAUACUGGCCACCUGCUCAUGUAUUCCAUUUACUUACCAGCAGCUAAUGGAUCUGUACAGUCAUUGUGUUCAGGAUGCAUUCCUGAUAUUUGGCGGUUAUUGCUCUUACACUGACGUAUGUCAUUAGUUUACAGGCUAUAAAAGGGACACUCGGGACAUUUCUGAACUUGCUUUUUUAAAUCACUUUGCAUCAAAUAUUGCACAGUGCAUUUAGUAACAGAAUGCAAAACUAAGUGAGCUGUGAGCCAAUGAGUCUGAAACCAGGUCAGGCCUUUUGUUAUGUCGAUAACAUGUUCACAUUUUAUACAGUUUUCGAAAUCUUGAAUAACAUAUUUUUUAUCGAUCAGCAAUUAUUCCAGUUUAAACAUAUUCCAUCCACACACAACCCCUGGAAGAAGAAAACGCAGGGUUUAUACUUCUUAUGCUUUCUUCGUCACACAUUUACUUCAUUCAGCUUUUGUAUGGACACCAUAUGUGGGAUGGCAGCCUGUUGUGAAGGUACAUUUCCACAAAGGCUGAUUCAGACUCUGCGUGACUCAUGCUUGUGUGUGCCUCGAUAACCAUAUGUAGUACUUCUGUUGAGCGAGAAAAGUAACGAACAACAAGACCAUCGUGGCAGUGCACUGUACCUCCCGUAGAAGGAAGCGACUGCGUGUGCGUACAGACGGCAGCGCUUUGCUCUUCAUACGCGGCGCACUCUCUCUAAACACUUUGUUCUUCUCCUUCAGACUGCGUUGCACUCUCUGUGAUGAUUGAAUCUUCUCCGCGCGGAGAAUAAACACUCAAAGGCAGCGUUUAUUUUCUCAGUGUUGGUUAUUUAAGUAUCACCGCUCUCAUUAGAUUGUCCAUCCUUGUUAAAUGUUAAUGUUGCUACUCUGUUGUCUUUCAUCUCUUUUUCUUAUAUCUCUCUUGUUUAUUUGUUUAUUGUAUGUACGAGGAGAGCAACGUGUAACCGGAGUCAAAUUCAGAAUCUUUUCUAACAAAUCAAGUCUUUUAGACCAGUGAAGUUUUUAUACAGCCUGAUAUCCUAUAACGCACGCAAUGGCUUUAAAAGGCCCAGUUCCCGAAGCAGCGGAAGCCCAAACCCUGCUGCAUUGUGGUUAUUAUUCUGCUGGUUUUCCAAGCCCUCAUAUGACGACCAUAUUUGUUUUCUUGAGAUGUAAUGUGCCCUUAAUCCCUGACAACUAACUCCAGACAUCAUGUUACUUUUUCCUCUGAACAGAUUGUCCUCAAAGUUCGUCCACCCGCUCUUCCGGCCCCUCUGUCCUUUACGACCAUUUACCAACACUUCGCUCCCCACCCGGAGGGCUCAGCCCUUCAUCCUAUUGCAUCCGAUUCCGGGCGUUCCCUCUUCAUCACCGCCCGGCGGCCAGGAACAUUGUUCUCGAUUGCUUGGCAGAUGCCAUUAUCCUGGGCUCGUAUCUUCACAAUCACGUUACCCAUUUGCACAGCUGCGUACUUACCGAAGCGAGGCAGGUUAAGCGCCACACUCGAGGGGGCAAACCGAUGGCGGCCCACCUGGAGCUCGGGCCAGGACUCUCCUCAGCACCACGUCAUUACCAAAAACACGGUUGGCCUUUCUUCCAUUGAGCUAAUGCCUCCAUGUGCCCUUCUCCAGCUCCCCUCAGUUUCUCAAACACUUUAGUCUUCUCUCACCUUCUCCGCCUCUCCCUCGAUUCCUGCACUGUCAUUUCUUCCUCCAGCCUCAAUCUAUCCGAGCCCCCAGGCUCUCUCUAUUACACUCUAAAAUUCUUUAUUUUUGUCCCUUCCUCUUUUCAUCCAUCCGUCACGUUGUCGCCUGGAUGGGUAAAGUGGAUUUAAGGGACUGCGAUAUGCAGAUUCACAGGAAAUAGAAGAGGCAUAGAAGGGAGGCUGACGUGAGGCUGACAGGUUGCUAACGCGACGCGGGCUCGAGAUGCGUCUUUAACACGCUCGUACUUACACACAGACAUGUUUAUUUGUCUGCCUCUCCAAGUUCACAGGCCUGUUGUUAUUUCUGUCACAGCUACUUUAUAUUCAUGUUUUGACAUUUCGCUAGAUUAACUGAUUAAUCAAAUGAAUUGUUGUUUACUGACACCGCCACUGGACAUAAAACUCAAUCAAGACAACCUCAUUUUAAUCCAAUAACAUUAAAGCUGAGAUUAGUCUGAAGUGAGACAUGCAUGGGAGAAGGGGAACCGAUGGGUUUAGGAAAUUAGAGAUGGCACAGAUAGAAGCCGAGAGGAAGACUAAAGAAACCCCACUGAGGAAGAACAAGCAGCACAUUUUCUCCUGCAGUAUUGCUUACGCCAGGAAUGAAGUCAGUUAGGAAAUCAAUACAAAGUCAACAAGGAUAUAUGAAAGAGUUGAGGCUGAUUGAUGAUAACAAAUUAUCUGAAUAAUCAAUAUGCCCAUCGCCGCUGUACACGAAUUAAUCACAAACAGAGGCAGGGCCGAGGUAACGAGCCGCGGUUACUGUUAGUGUCGUGUGCACCGGCGCCUGUUGCAAAGUACUAACCGUGCUGCGGCAGGAGCAGCGGGAGGCAAUGAGCAUAAACAGUGCAUCACAUAUACAAAAAACACCAGGCGUUCAAUAACUUAUGACACUGGGAAGUCUCAUUCAGUCGCAUGUUCGAAUACACACAAAGCACGCCAUCAAUAUGCAUGUGUGCCUCUGCCGGUCGAGACGAGGUGCAGAAAACAUAUUAGAUGUCACUCUCUGUAUUUUCGGUGCACUCCCAUUGCCUCUGUGCGGUCGGUGCGCGCAACAGGAAGCGAGCGAUCAUCCGAUCAUGAAGGAUUGGAAGAAUAUGCUCCUCGUAUGCAGCAUUUUCCUCCUGAGAGCGAGGCGACAACAGGAUGGCACAUGUGAGAGAGGAUGGAGGCGAGUGAUCCACUGGAGCCUCACAGAUAGGUGGUGGGACAGAGAGAGGGCGAGUUUGGGAGGAAGAAGAAGAAGAAAAAAGUGAUGGUUCUUGCUCUUUCAUCCGCGCCUUUACUCCAGUCGCCACGGCAACAUGCCUGGAGGGCACUCAAGAGAGGCGUCAUCACUGACAAAAACAACAGAGAGGCAAGGAGUGAGUGAGAGCAAAUGAGAGGGGCUGUUUGUGUGUGUGUGUGUGUGUGUGUGUGUGUGUGUGUGUGUGAGAGCUGAGACAGGAGAAAGUAUACGGCAGCAGAUCCACGGCUGACUCCGGCUACAUCUCCUCCCUCAAGGAGGUGUAUGACCUUCACAGAUGACCUUCAGCGACUCGGCUAAGUCGUGUAAUGAACACUCAUUCAUCACUGGUGGUCAUUCAGAUUAAUGUUUGGAUCGCUCGGCUAAAGUUUCACCAACAGAGUCUAUGGCCACGUUUAUGGGUGUGAAUACCACUGAUACCCCCUCUAAAAGGACACUAUUAUGAGAUAUGAAAUUGGCAGAGUUAAUCAAACCGAGGCUAAUGCCUAAUAUUUGGAAUUAACUGAGCCAUUAAUACUGCAGGCUGCCGUUAGGCUAGAUAGAGUGGUUAAACCACCACAGGCGAAAUUAAACAGGUUAAUUAAAGUCUGCACAUUUUCAUGCUCUUUUGCCUCGAUCUGUAUUUCACCGUGAGACACACACAUGUACGUGCGCACACAAUCACUCACACACAUGCGUGUUGCUACUAUCCUCGUAAUGACUUCCUGACUGUAUUCAUUUUCUAAUAUUAAUAUGAAUCCUCGCUCUCACUUUCACCCCCCCCCCCCCCCCCCCCGCCGGAUACUGAAUCGGAAAUAAUAAUUUCUCCAAACUUCUCUUUGACUCCAAUAGCCUGAAGAAUAAACAAUUUCUUUAAUAAAAAUACUCUCCCAUGCCUGUGCAUUAAAAACACGUAGUCGUUUUGCUAGUGGGAUUCUCCACCCGGAGCUGAUGAUGGAACGAUGGACACGUGGUGUUUUUAUUCCAGUGUCGUGUACGUGACAUUGGGUCGGGGUGUAGACUUAUUUAGACGCCGAUACCCCGAUUCAGCAUUUUUAGGCCACAUCACGUUUGUAAUUUGUGAUAUUGGGCUACAUAAAAUAAACUGAAUUGAAUUAAAUCAGAGGCUUUUCCAGUGGUUUCAAUAUCUGACGAGUUCAAUUAAAAUGCCUGAGCAAGCUGAACGACGUAUAGUCUGGUCCAGUAAUUAGGCCCGCUAGGCCCCAUGAUGGGCCCUGACCAAUCAGAGCCUGCUGUUUUUAACAUCUCAAAAUUGGGCCAUUAUCGGGUUGUCAUGUAAUCUGAUCCCAGCGCUCUCCACCACCAUGGAGUUGGUUUCUCCUCUAAUUCGUCAAACCUUUCCACAUCAAGCAGCUUCCCUUUUCUUCCAGUUGUUGACAAAGUUGUGAACAGCUUGCUUGUAAUUAACACUAAAGAUUAAACAUGUGAUAGUGAGUCAGUUCACAGCUGGAUUGGAGUCGUUUUAGUUUGAUCCCAGCUUAAUCCCAAAGUAAACACAGAACUUUAUAAAUUAAAAGAACAACUUUAUAGAUGUAAAGUAUGCUUUAACAUACCACUAAAUCUCACCUCAAACAAAACAUUAAACAUUACUGGUUCUAAUUAUUAUGUUAAUCUUGAACCUAUUAAUCCAAAAUGAAGAGGAUACAUUUUCUUCACACAACUGAAAUAAAAACAAAGGCACGCACGCACACACACACCUACACACGCACACACACACACACGCACUCCCGCGUGAGAGUGCAUGUGUUGAGGGGGCGGGGCAUCUCGGCCAUCUGAGGGCGGUUUUCUAGCGCUGUGUGCGCAGCUUGUGGCUUUCUGCUGCUGCUGCUGCUGGUACUGCUGCUGCUGGUGAGGGUGAUGGUGUUGGUGAUGAUGGUGAUGAUGAUGAUGAUGAGAGGAGCGCGUGCUACACAAUCCUUUCAGCGGAGAUGCAGCAGCGGCUUUAAAGCUGCGCAAAGAACAAUAAACACCGAGCGCAGGUGUCAGCUGUGAACGAUGAAAGCCGAACAGAAACCAGGAGAGACUUGAAAGUGCAGCAGCGGUUCACGAGGAAAGAAAGUGCACACAGAUUCACGCGCGUGGUGAAGAUGCCCAUAUGGCUCUCGUCGCAAUGGGAUUCGAGUUGAAGAACACGUAAAGCCCCUCAGAAGUCAUCCCGAUUCAACUCGUCGUCCAGGGAAACUUGAAAAAGCCUCUUUUUCUUCUUUCCUUUUCUUUUCUUCCUCUCUUUCUCCGCGACGCACCGGGAUGGUGUGAGCGCGGCGCGUCGAACCGGGACAGAAGGAGCGGGGACGCAGAGGGAAGAGAGGGCACGAGCACCGGAGGGGAUUAUGGCUCUCGCAACGUUUUCUCUGGGCCUCAUCACGCUGGCGCUCACGCACUGGCACCCGGCGAGAGCCAACGACCGGCACGCGGUGUACUGGAACAGCUCCAACCUCCUCCUGCGGAGGGAAGGAUACACAGUGCAGGUCAGCGUCAACGACUACCUGGACAUCUACUGCCCGCACUACAACGCCAGCCAGCGCGGGACGUUGGAGCGCACCGUGGCCGAGCAGUACGUCCUCUACAUGGUCAGCUACCGCGGCUACCGCACCUGCGACCCCCAGCUGGGCUUCAAGCGCUGGGAGUGCAACCGGCCGCACGCGCCUCACGCCGCCAUCAAGUUCUCUGAGAAGUUCCAGCGCUACAGCGCCUUCUCGCUGGGCUACGAGUUCAACGUGGGCCAGGAGUACUACUACAUCUCCACGCCCACCCACCACCACGGCCACAGCUGCCUGAGACUGAGGGUCUACGUCUGCUGCUCCACCGUUUCCCAGGCAGACGAUGACUCCAGCCCCGACUACACAGUGAGGCCAAACAUCAAAAUACACAACAUCGAUGAAUUUAACCCCGAAGUUCCCAAACUGGAGAAGAGCGUCAGUGGCAGCGGCGCCUCCCGGGACCGCCUUCUCCUCACCGCGGCGAUGCUGCUCCUGUCCGCCGCCCUUUUGUCCUAGCGACUCGUCGCCCCCGAUGGACGCUCCGUUCAAUGCUGGGACCGCCUUGUCCGACGGGCUCUGUGUCCACCACGUUGUUGUUGUUGUUGUGAGAGAGUUGGCAGAAAUACAGACGGAGAUAAAGUUGAGGCGCAAACCGAACCGCGAUCAAAAGGACACCUGGAACUUCACUUCACGAGACUUUUAAAGAGGAGAGGCCUUUCUUGCUGUCAUAUUUACACCAGUGCAUUUUGGACACUCCGUGCGUUGUCGUGUGAAUCCCACGACGCGGAGACCACACCCAAUAUUCAGAACCAGGCUUAAAGUGAGGAAAGAAAGUGGACUUAAUCGAGCCGGGAGCAGACUACACACUCUUAUUGUAGCAUGGAUGUAAAAACACGUGAGGAAGUCUUCUCAAUGUGGAUCCGUAGGCCUUGGACCACGGACAUGUGCUGGUGGACAGAACUCAUUGUCGAUGUAGUAAAGAGCAAGCUGGACUCUGGACCUGGACUGAUCUCACCUGGGCUACACAGGAUACGUCUGUGAUCAGCCAGUGAUGAGAACUGCUGCCGUUAUCCUGGACAUUGAAGAAUGUUUUCACACUGGUGCGUUCAUAAGAGCCCAAAGUGUUUCUCCAGAAAAGAGAAAGGCUUUGUGAGGACGUCCACGGGCCUUUUUUGAGAAAAUCAUUUUCAGCAGACACCGAAAAUGCCCGUGGCUUUUGUGAGCCCCAGAUGCAAAGCCCGCGUUUCUUAGAGGACAGCGAGUGCCCUCUCAGAACGAAUCCUUUGUCUGCGUUUCCUGCCUUCAAACUGUAACAACCGAGAAAAAUACAGACCCCGGACUAGUAAUUUGGCGGCACUUAGACGCGGUAGAUGUUUUUUCCCCCCCCCCGAUGCGUUUACCGUCAGCUCUCGGCGUGUAGAAUAUUCGGAUGUCAAACCUUUCUCCUCGCAGCAAUCAGCAGUCAUUCAGAACACCACUAAUUCACGAUUCUUAAAAACCUCUCUGCGCAGCAAGUUCGCCAUUUAUUCCCAGAGAACGCCAUCUAUUCCUUUUCCACUCCAGCGGCUCCCAGCCAAUCAAUGCUGAUGGCUAUUAAAGCAGACCCGGUCACCAUGGAAACGACCCGAAACAGCCGCCAGAGUGCGGCAGGUGCCUGAGGAGAAAUUGUGCUUUGAGUCUCAAAGUAACGCUGCCGCCAUUUUGUUUAAAAGAGAGGAAAAAAAGAAAAAACACGUGUGAAUGUGCAAAUAAAGAGUAGUUCACUUUUUUAUAUUGUAAUACAGGACAACGUAGGAUGGCAUUAAUCAGAUUACAGUGUUGUGCUUUGGGAAUUUAUUUACUUUUCAAAUUUAUUUAUUUUAACAUUAAAGUAUAUCAUUUAUCUAUCUAAUUUAUUCAUGUGCAUUUGUAGGCCUUUGCUCAAUAAGCUACUGUGCCAUUUUUGUAUUCUUUUUUUUUUAAACAGUGGAAUUUUUACUGCAGCAUUUUGCUUGUAUAGAUAGAAAGGCCGAUGUAGUUCAGCCUGAGGAAGAGAGAGGGUUAUUGGUGAUGACUGAUCGGGGGGGACGUACCCCCAGUCACCCUCCUCCCAUGUAACACACACCGCUAACCAGAUUGCGUUGCUGAUAUCUCGUCAUAAACCUGUGGACGCACAGACGGAGUUGAUGGAAGGCAUUCCUCCCUCGUGAAAACAAAGGAGUCUGCAUUGUAAUGUAUCUUUAUAAUACAUGCCGGCUAUGAAUGUGUGUGUGAGUGCGUGUGUGCGCGCGUGUGUGUACAUUUGUGUGCGCGUGUAUGUAGAACGUGUUCGUCUGCGCUUCUCCAGUUUGUUGCAUUUAGAAAUCCCGUGCCCGUGAAGGAGUCGUUUGUAGGAUCUGAAUAUGCAAGUGUGUGUGUGAGAGUGUGUGUGCUCUUCUGUGAUGUCGGUUUACGUUACGGGGUUUUGGGAAGCGGGUCGAAAAAGCAUUUGCUGGUGUCGAAGACAACCACAAGAAAUGUGUUUACCUUUGACAAGAACGAAAAAAAGAAGAAGAAAAAAGAAGCUGUACAUUGAUCCAAGAAUGAUUAAAACAAUGCCUAUUAAAAUCUUUUUGCAAAUUUA